UCUUUGCGCAACUUAUGAGUAAGAGAGAGAGAGAGAGAGAGGAAGAGAUAACAAGCGAAAAGCAAUAACAAACGGUAUAAAAAAUCUGGUCUGAAGAGACCCAACCGUCAAUCAAAAUGCUAUAAGCAAACAUGUCACAAAUCGGAGUUGGUCUAUGGAGAAAGCCACGCCAGAGACUAUGGUGAUGAUUAUGACGUUCGUCGUGAUGAUGAGGUUGGCAAUGAUGACUUUUCAUGCUGCUGGAGAUGCCACAUAAUUCAAUCAAAGCAUAUAGCCAACGCCUAGACGGAGUCACAGUCCAAGUCAAAGUCAGUCAGUGAGUCAGUCAGCGACUGAAGGCAAAGUUAUAGUCCAGGAACCAGUCACGACCGUCAAGCCACUUGCCAUUGGCCAUCGUUGUCUCCACACUAGCGGUUAUAGCGUUUCAGCGCUUUGGCCUCAUCGUCUGUGCCAAGUGAAAGUGAAUUUGUUUAUUGUGUGUGGUUUUUGCUCGCAUAACCAAACAGACACUAAAAACCAACAAAAACCCCCACAUCCCCUUUACCCACCACCCAACACACCACAAGAAAAACAAAAAACAAAAUAAAAGAAGAAACAAAACGAACAUUUCAACAAACAGAAACAAAUCAAUGCUUCCCAGAUCCCAUUUUAAUCUUAAAUAUUAAACAGAAACAAGAGCAAAAAACAAAAAUUUAAAAAAGAGAUCCGAAGUAAUCAAACAAAACAUAAGAAACGAGACAACAAGCAAAUCCUACCAAAGUGAAUCCAACAAAGAGAAGGCAAUGAUGAUGAUGCUACUCAUAUUUUUGCCCUUCUUUGUCUCCUCAAGUCUCUGUCAUCAGCAGUCAUCUAGCAAUAACCUCGCCCAGGAUGUAUUGACGUCUUCUGGUAUGGCAUUUGCCAACUAUACGGAACUAUCGCGUGCUGUGCGUGCCUCUCUGCUGGAGCACGAACAGCGUCAACGUCUGCGUCAGCGGCGGAGCAAGAGAGCCGCGGUGAAACGGGUUUGCUAUGGCGAACUUGGCUGCUUUGAGGAUUCGGGACCCUUUGCCUAUCUUGAAAUGCUGCCCUCAGCACCCGAGGAGAUCAACACAAAGUUCUAUUUCUAUUCCACCCGCCAGCGUUCCGAUCGGCCACUGAUGGAGUUGUCGUUCCUCAAUAUGACAGCGGCAUUCGGUGGCAAAUCGAAGCGUGACCUAAAUGAAAUGAACGAGGCACAGUCAUCGGCGGGCCUAAAUGCAUCGAGCAGUAGCAACUUCAGUUCCACCACGGAAAAGCCUUCCUCUGGCAGCCAAAAGAAAGCGAUGCCCUCAAUUGCUGAUCUAGAGGGUUUCGAUGAGCUAUCCGUACGUGUCAUUGUCCAUGGCUUUGGUUCCGCUUGCCCCCAUGUGUGGAUCUACGAGAUGAAGACGGCCCUAAUGGCUGUGGAGGAUUGCAUUGUGAUUUGUGUGGACUGGGAGAAUGGAGCCAGCUUUCCCAAUUAUGUGAGAGCGGCGGCCAAUACCCGCCUGGUGGGUAAACAAUUGGCGAUGCUUCUUCAGAAUCUCCAACAACACAAGGGUCUCAAUCUGAAGCGGACUCAUCUGAUUGGCUUUAGCCUAGGUGCCCAUGUCUCUGGUUUCGCUGGUGCCGAAUUGCCUGGCUUGUCUCGCAUUACUGGCCUAGAUCCAGCUGGUCCCCUAUUCGAGGCUCAACAUCCCAAGGUUCGUCUGGACAGUCAAGAUGCUGAGUUUGUCGAUGUGAUUCACUCGAAUGGUGAGAAUCUCAUAUUGGGUGGCCUGGGCUCAUGGCAGCCAAUGGGUCAUGUGGACUACUAUCCAAAUGGCGGACGUGUGCAGACAGGCUGUUCGAAUCUCUUUGUUGGAGCUGUGACGGAUUUCAUUUGGUCCGCCCAGGCAGCCGAGGAUGAAGAGGGACGCUCCUUGUGCAAUCAUCGUAGAGCCUACAAGUUCUUUAUUGAUUCGGUGGCACCUCGCUGCAUGUUUCCCGCCUUUCCCUGUGCCAGCUAUGAUGAUUUCCUAAAGGGCAAAUGUUUUCCAUGUGCCCAAGACGAUGAGGAUCUGGCCGAGGGUGUUCCGCGGUGUGGCAAUAUGGGCUACUAUGCCGAUCGAUCCACAGGACGGGGCCAACUCUAUUUGUUGACCCGCGAAGAGGAGCCCUUCUGUGCCCAUCAGUUUCAAUUGCAGAUAUUCAAUUCCUUCAACGACUUGCCCUUGCGCACAAUUGGACGCCUGGAAGCCAUAUUAGAGGGCGAUGGCGGUCUCAAUGAGACCUUUGAAAUAUCAGAAAAAGACGACUCGGAGUUCUUUGCCGGUGAUAUUGUGUCCAAGAUCAUAGUACCGCAUCCCGCCUUAGGGUUUCCCACGACUCUGAGUUUGCUGUACAAGUCGUACAGUGGAUGGCUGAGCAAGGGUUUGCCCCAUUGGGAUAUCGAUAAGGUGGUACUUACGGAUAGCUUUGGCCGGAGUCAUUCACUGUGUCGUCCAUCAACUAAGCUUAGCAGUGGCAAUCCCGUACGUAUGCCCCUUCAGGCCGGCAACUGUGAAUUGGACAAUCAAGAGGAUUAUGGAUCCUAUACAACAUUGGCAACACCAUCGGUUGUCACCAACGGCGCAAGCAAUUCCCCCACAGACAUACCCGACUCAAGUGUCCAGGAAUCUGGUUUAAGUGUGUCGUCCUCAGUCGAUGGAGUCGAGAGUGCCAAGCAAAGUAAGGACAUCUUUAAUCUGGGAACCAGUUUCAAAUUGGGUCGAAAUCAGACCUAUGCCUUGGGUCAUUCAGCUGCAUUGCCUUGGCAGCCCAUUUUAGUCGGCAAUUCGCUGGACAAUGAGACUUCCGAUGCGGCGGCAAGCGAAACGAGUCGCAGUUUCCCCGAUGCCUCCUCUGAGAUAGUGGAGCCUGUUCUAAAGGAUCGCAAAAUGGCUGUCAACCGGGGGCGUAAUCUGCAGGACUCGACCACAGAGGAGAUUGUGGAACCCGUUCUGAAAGCUACCACACCAAGGGUUAAACAAGGCAAAGAUCUGGACUUGAGCGAAAUAGACUUAACAGACAGUAGCAGCACCACCACCAACACAGCCGAUUCCUCCACAGUUGGUAGUUUACCCAAAAUGAUGGCCCAAAUGGGCCAGAACCGGCCCGGUCACACUCCCGCGAAUCCUUCAACCGAUGAGGCACAAACCGUGCAGCUUUUGCCCUUCCGUUUGGGCGAGCUGCUACAAAAAGCGGAACGUUACGCCCGUGAAACCUUGCUGCCAUUGAUCUCUGUCCAGGCUCCGCGAUUUUUCGGUUUCAAUGUCACAGCCCAAGAUCGCGGAGAGUCCCGCAAGCCUCGUUAUAUCCCACGCUACGAGGAAGCAGCCUUCCUUAAUACCAGUAUCAAGACCCGAGCGGGUAGAAAACCAUCAAAGGCACAGCAACGUAAUCUUCUUCGACUCCUACGUGGUCGUUCGGCCCAAAGGCGUAUAGCGCCAGCUGAUCCAGCUGGUACUGAUUCCGCUCCUGCAGCGAAUGAGCCACAGCAGGAGGUCACCUACUAUACAAAUCAACUGAUUACAGAGUCACGGUCCAUGCGGCCAGAGGUACCAGAAUAUCAAGCCGUUUUCAUUGAUCUGCCGACGUAUAGACCAAAGGUGAAGGCCGCAACAGGACGUCGUAGAGCCAGAAAUCUAUCUUGAAAUUUGAAAUUAAAAAUCUAUUAAAAAUAACUAACUAAAUACGAGGAAGAACACAAUGUGAUAUGACAAUCUGGCAACAACCGCACAAGCAUUCAGCACCAAAAAACAAAAAAACAAACAGGUGGAGCACCAAA